GGCGGGAGCGGGGGCGGUGUCGGUUUGAACCGUUCGGCCGGGCCGGCCCUGCGCCGGGCCGCGCCGCUUUGCCCCCGCUGAGGGGGCCCGGCACCCCCCGGCCCGGCCCGCGCCCCCGCCCCGGCGCCGGGCUGCGGAGAGCGAGGUGAAGAAUGAAUGGUGAAGAGGAAAUAUGGGAAAAACUAGAUGCAGAAUUUGAUCACUGUGUUGUGGAUAUGAAGCCUCAUGUUCUAAAACUACAGCAUAGGUCAGAACGACAAAGAUGUGCACUGUGGAUUAAAAAACUAUGUGAACCCUCAGGAGCAGGCACAGGAAUAGCAGGAAGGAAGAAUCGGAAUGCAUAUGCAAAACUUCUGCUCCACAUGCUAAAGCGAGGUGUGCUGGAAGGUCCUUUCACACAUAAACCAGAACCAGGAAUACUUAAAACUUUACCUUCAUACAUGUCAAUUUAUUUUGAUGAGCCAAAUUCAACAAGAGUUCAGAGUAGUAGCCCGGACUGCUUACCUGACUGGGUAAUGGGAGAACUAGGAAACAGUGGAUCUAAGCAUGAGGAAUCGUGGAAGACAUCUUCUAAAGAGGAAUCAACUUCAGCAACACCACUUACAUAUGGAACUCAGAUGUUAUGGUGGCAAAGCACAGUGGUCACAAGUCAAGAGACAGAAGUCAAACAAAAUAACUGUGAGAGGGAAGCACAGACAAGUGUGGACAGGCAGGAAAGAUUCAAGUACAAUGAGAAGCCAGCAUUAAGGUCACAUUCUAUGAGUCCUCCUCACCAGACAGAUGAAGAUAACCUCACCACACCACUGUCUGACCAUCGUCAUAAAAAACCCAUUUCUUUGGAUGACAGUGACCUUGAAGCACGUCUCAAUAGUUGGAAUCUUGGGUUAGAAAAUCCAAGGUAUUUGCGAGAAAAACCGAUGCCAGUGUCUUUGAUGACACCCAAAAUUGGCCUAGGAAAAAGCAGCACUUUUCAUAAUGAACAGGCACUAUUUCGAAUGCAUGAAAAAGAGCUGGACAUGAAAAUGAAAGUAGUGGAAGGUAAAUUUCAUGAGGAAAAACUUAAAUUACAGCAGAAGCAUGAUACUGAUGUUCAAAAGAUUUUGGAUAGGAAGAAUGAUGAAAUUGAGGUAUUGAAGUCCCUCUACAAAAACAAACAGAAUGAAGCUGAGGAGACAAUUAGGAAACUGGAGAAAAAAGUUCAGACUCUUGUUCGUGAGUCACAAGUUGUCAGAGAAGCAAAAGAGAAGCAGAUUGUGGAGUUAAAGAAGAUGUGUGAGCAAAGCAACGAUUCUUUGAACAACGAGUGGGAGAAAAGGCUUCAUAAUGCUGUGGCUGAAAUGGAGAAGGAGAAAUUUAAUAUUCGGAAAAAGCAUACAGAAGAUAUGCAGGAACUGCUUGAAGACACCAAUGCUCGUCUUGGCAAAAUGGAAGAAGAUUAUUUGGAACAGAUAAAGUCAACUAACCAGACGGUCAAAAAACUGGAUGCUCGUGUCCAACAGUUGACUGUUGAGGCUGAAAAUAGUAAUUUACAGCGUCAAAAAUUAUCUCAAGAAAAGACUGAUGCAGAACAACGCUACCAGACGGUAUGCUCUGAACUUCAGGAAAUGAAAACCAGGCACAGCUUACUUCAGAAAGACAAGGACCAUAUUAUACAGGAAUAUGAGGAGAACAUUCAGCAGCUACAAAGUAAAUAUGAUGCUGAUAUCAAUUUUAUAAAGCAGGAACAUGCUCUCUCUGCAGCUAAGGCAUCUGAUGAGAUGGAAGAAUUACAGCAUACUGUGUCUCUAUUAAAACAACAGUUACAAGAUUCAGAACUUCAAAAACAGCAACAGCUGAGGGAUCAAGAAUACAAGCUUCAACAGGACAAACUUCACUUGGAGCGUGUGUAUGAAAAACAGAUUCAUGGCAUCCGGAAUGAUCUUGAUAAAGAAAGAGGGGAUUCUCAAAAGAAAAUUCGCAAACUGGAAGAGACUUUGAAGGAGAAGGAGGAGCAGUUGACUCGGGUGACAGAGGUACAGAGGCUGCAGGCCCAGCAGGCAGAUGCUGCCCUGGAGGAGUUUAAGCGGCAGGUGGAGCUGAACUCAGAAAAAGUCUAUGCUGAAAUGAAACAGCAGAUGGAAAAGGUUGAAGCAGAUCUAAGCAGAUCAAAAUUGCUCCGGGAAAAGCAAUCCAAAGAAUUCUCCUGGCAAUUGGAAGAGCUCAAGCAAAGAUACGAGCAACAGAUAGUGGAGCUGAAGCUGGAGCAUGAACAGGAGAAGACGCACCUAUUCCAGCAGCACAACGCAGAGAAGGACUGCCUGGUCCGAGACCAUGAACGGGAAAUCGAGAAAUUGGAAAAACAGCUUCGCGCUGCCAUGGCAGAGCACGAGAGUAAAACUCAAGAAUGCAGGAAACGAGAUGCACAGGUUAUCUGUGAUAUGGAGAACCAAAUCCACAAGCUGAGAGAAGAGCUUCUUCAGGUAAAUGCUCAGCGGAAGCAGCAGCUUCUGGAGCUGAGACAUCAGUGGGAAGAGGAGAAGCAGAGGGCAGCUCGAGACCAUGAGACAACGGUGAAUAAGCUGAAAGUGGAGGCAGAGAAAAUGACAUUAGAGCUGCAAAAGAUCCAUGUGGCAGAAACAGAGAAGGCAUUGGACAAGGCAAACAGCCGGAUGAAGCAGGCUGAGAAGGACUACAGUCAGAAGCUGGCAAAAUCCUCGCAGAUUAUAGCUGAACUUAAGACAACCGUUUCCUCUCUGACAGAGGAGAACAGCCGGCAGCAGCUUGUCGCAGAGCAGCAGCUCCAGGAAGUUGUACACAAGUUUGAAGAUAAGAAGCAGCAGCUGAUUACAGAUAAUGAUAGAGCAAUCAAGGCCUUACAAGAUGAGGUGGAAAGUUACCGCGUCCAGGCGCGGGCUGCGGAGAAGAAGCUGCAACGCCGGGAGCUGGAGAUGCACGAGCAGAUGACCCAUAUACGACAAGAAUAUGAAACUACACUCAAAGGUCUGAUGCCAGCAUCUUUGAGACAGGAACUUGAAGACACCAUUUUAUCUUUAAAAUCUCAGGUAAAUAUUCUGCAGAAAAGAGUCUCUGUCCUCCAGGAAGAGCUGAAAGCCUACCAUGCCAGAAGGUAGCUGCUGGAGCUGUUGGAUUUCUUCGAUUGCCAAAUGGACUGCUUUGAAUAGGUUUGAAGAUUUGGCUCUUGUGAUUAAAAUGCAAAGAUCAGUGGCUGUUUUGUUAGCACAUAAAAUGUAAUGAAGUUCAUGAAAACACA